AUGAGGAAGAGUCUACGAUCCGGGUUGAGAUCUAUGUUUUCGAAACCAGGCAGCAGAUCAAGGAAAAUUGAUCACCGAGGCGGUGGAGGUAGCUUUUCCAGUAAGCUAAGUGUGAACGACGAGUAUUUGGAAGUUUUCAGAACAAAAUCAUAUCUAGAAAUGUGGGAUAGAGUUCAUGGAUCGGUACAAUAUCCAACAACAAACCCUAAUCUACUAUCUUCUUCUCCAUCAGUUCCUUUCUAUGUGAAUCUAUCAGAAAAUCUGCUCGAUCCGCGGCAAGAAACCCUCAAUGAGAUGAUUAGCGAGGAUGGAAUAAACGUGCACCACCUUCUCACCGACUACUUUGAAGCGAGCCUAGAGGCGUGCCAUAUAUGCGAGCUACUCCUCAGAAGCAUCCAUCAAACGCACGCAGAGUACGGCAACAUAAAGAAAGUGAUGAAGAAGCUAAGCCAAAGAAGCAUUUACACCGACGAGCAAUGCCGGGCUAUUUUCCGGGAGCUUACAACGUUUGCACGUCUCAAAAACCCGUUGUCGAUUAUCAGCCCCCUGCAAUUCCGUGACAUUCACGAUAGCUACUCAGCAUUGCUCAGUAGCCUGACAUCGAGACAGCAGAAGAUUCGGCGUAGGGCAAAGCGUAACAGGAUUCUGAAGAAAGUUGGAGGAGUUGGACUGGUGGUGUCACACAGUGCACUUUUGAUAGGUUUGCUAGUCUUUGCAUUUCAUAGCAUGAUCGGAAUAGUGGCAGCGCCGGCAAUCAUGGCUUGUUCUGCAGGUUUGUGCAAGAAGAAAAUGGAGUCAGGAGAGCAGUGGUUCAAGUCAAGAUUCGACGUCCACGAAAUUCACGGGGAGCAACUCGAUGUUGCAGCCAAAGGGAUUUACAUACUGAUCAACGAUUUCGAUACCAUGAGUCGGCUGGUCAUGAGAUUACAGGAUGAGGUAGAACACCGCAAAGCUGUUGCAGAUUUGUGUGUGAGGAAUGGAAUUAACUGUGAAGUAUUCAAGGGGGUUGUGCGAGAAUUUCAUGUCCAUGACUCUAACUUCAUGGAGCAGUUGGAGGAGCUUGAAGAACAUGUAUACUUGUGUAUGCUGACGAUCAACAAAUCAAGAAGGCUUGUGCUUCAAGAAAUAUUGGCAACACAUUAG